UUUCAUUCAAAGUUACUCGCCGCGAGUUUGAAUUUGGUGUGUGUCUACAUGAAUCUGGCUGACUUUUUCUUAGAACUGAAGUGAACCCCACAAUAACAAUAUGGGUUCAAGGCCUCCACGAUGGUUAAAAUGUCCCCGCAAAAGUACAGUGAUAAAUGGAAAGUUCAUUGCUUUCAAAACAUUUCUUGAUGACAAGUUUAGCUCACAAGUUCCUUUGGAAGAUAAUUUUCAAUUUCCUAUGUUGAAAUCAUAUGUGCAAGGAAACAAGGCAGAACUUGGCCUAAUCAUCGAUCUUACAAAUACCAACAGAUUUUACAACAAAUCAGUGAUAGAACAAAAUGGCGUUAGUUAUUGCAAGUUGGCUUGUAGAGGCCAUGGAGAAGCACCAUCAGUUGACCAAACUAAAAUGUUCAUAAGAAUUUGCAAUACAUUUUUAGAGAAAAACCCAGGAAAAAUAAUAGGAGUUCACUGUACACACGGCUUCAAUAGGACUGGAUUUCUUAUUGUGGCCUAUUUUUGUGAGAUAGAAGAAUGGAGCGUAGAUGCUGCUGUGAAUUAUUUUUCCAGCUGUCGGCCACCUGGCAUUUACAAAGGCCAGUAUUUAAAAGAUUUAUUUGAGCGAUACGGUGGAGGUCCACAAGAUGCUCCAAACGCACCUGAACUUCCUGAUUGGUGUUACGAGGAAGAAGGUGGACAAGAUGAUGAUGAUGGUGUUGAUGACCAACAGGAGAGCAGACCGGCUAAAAGACGAAGAAGAGCAUAUAAUGAGAAUGCCAAAUUUGCAGAAAACUUAGAAAUUGAAACUGUCACAGCCCGAGGUGCUGAGCGAAUACAAGAAAUUUGUGAAGGAAUGUUAAAUUGGGACAGAGGAAAUUUUCCAGGCUCGCAGCCUGUGUCAAUGGAUCGAAAAAAUAUCGAGUUAAUACAUCUUCAUCCAUACCGUGUUACUUGGAAAGCAGAUGGUACCAGGUAUUUGAUGUUGAUCCUCAAACAGGGCGAGGUUUAUUUCCUUGAUCGAGAUAACAGUGUCUUCACAACAGAUAAAUUCACUUUUCCGCGUCGCAAAAAUCCAGAUGAACACAUCUUCGACACAUUGAUUGAUGGGGAACUUGUGAUGGAUAAAAUCGGGGACCAAAUGCAUCCAAGAUACCUGAUAUACGAUAUUGUGAAAUUCGAGGGUCAAGAUGUUGGACAUACUGAUCUCGAAAGAAGGUUGUUGUGUGUCGAAAAAGAAAUAAUAAAACCACGGGAUGAAGCUGUACAAUCUAGAAGGCUUGAUAAAAGUAGAGAACCAUUCAGUAUACGUAAAAAAGAUUUCUAUCCUAUCGAGCAAUGUAAUUGGCUGUUGGAAAAAUUUGUCCCCAAAAUCACUCACGAAACAGAUGGUCUUAUACUCCAACCAGUUUUAGAUCCGUACACGCCUGGGCAGUGUCCUGGCCAACUAAAAUGGAAACCGCACGAACUGAACUCUGUUGAUUUUCUGUUGCAAAUUGUAACUGUUAAACAAUAUGGUUGUUUACCAGAAAAAGUUGGACAACUUUUUGUUCAAGGUUACGAUCAACCUUUCUCCACGAUCAAGAUGAACGCAGAGUUAAAACAUUACGAUAAAAGAAUUAUUGAAUGCACUUGGGACGGGUCGCAAUGGAAAUUUCUGAGGCUGAGAGAAGAUAAAAGUUUUCCAAACGCGUUUAGGACAGCGAAAAGCGUUUGUGAAAGUAUACAAUUUCCUGUUACCAAGGACGACCUCUUAGAAUAUAUAAACAAAUAUGGCUACCGUAGUCACGGUUCGCAUCAACAUCAGCAAAGACGAUAACGAAAGGUUUAUCCAUCGAGUUAUUUCAUUCGAGUUGUUUGGUGGCUGUUUAUACCGUGGCGCUUAUCACAGGAUUGGGAAAGGAUUCGUUAUAUGGUAUCCAAAAAUGAAUACUUUUUUAUAUUUUAAUGUCAAUUUAUAGUUUAAUGAAGAAAAUAUUUAUUUAAAUUGACUUUAUAAACUAA